UCGUUCGGAACGGACGGUGCGCGCUCUGGUAGAAAAAAGUGAAAAAGUGUGUGACAAAGUGCAAAUAAGCCACAACGCGCAUGUGAGAAAUCAAAUUUAAUUGAGAAGCAUCAAAAAUUGAAUACAUAUCGAGCAUGCCCACAUCGUUGUAUGUGUGCGUGUGCCAGUGCUAGUGUGGUUUUCCUUUUUCUCUGUGGAAAAUAUUUAAACUGAAUGAAAAACUGAAUUGCAGUCGGCCAGAACCAAAUAGGAAAAGAGUAACUCACAUUGGGGACACGCAGAGGUGUCUCGAAAAAGACUGAACAAAGCGGCAGCAGGAUAUACGGAUUUCCCAAGCAGCGCGCCCAACGGGAAAAGCUCCGGGGAAAGAAAAGCGUCCAGCAAUCGUUACACUGUUUCGCGCGGCAGGGAAUGGUAUAUUUCUUGGGGGAUUGGGGCAUGGGAGAUUCUGACUUGUCGUCAUAUCAGCAACAUGUUCCAAAUAUACAGCAGCCUCAACACAUCCAUGGACAUGAACUACUCUUGCAACAGCAACAGCAGCAGCAGCAGCAGCUUCCACAGCAGCAGCAGCCACGCCAGCAACAGCAGCAGCAGCAGCAACAACAACAACAGCAGCAGCAGCAACAGCAACUUGUGGCACAAAUCUCCAGUAGCCUAAGCCAGCUGCAGCCACAGUUGCAGUUUGCCAGUGGAUCCCGCUUCCUGCAACCGGGCACUUCUCCCUCGCCAUCCCAGCAGCAACAUGUUGGACAUGUCAGCAGCAGCAGCCUCGUAACUGCCAAUCUCCAGCAGCUGUCGGUGAGCAGCAGUAACUCCAGCAGCAGCAAUAGCAACAACAACGGCACCAGCGGCUGCAACACUCCCACCAAACAGCAACAACUACUGCUCCCAGAAGCGGCUGCUCCUGUUACCACCGCUGUCGGCAAGUCUUUGAAGAACACACAGCUGAGCAAGGAUCUCCUGGACAAUGAAGAUGAGGUGGCAUUGCACCCGCUCUCCAACCAGGUCGGAGGACACACUAGACUGUUGCUGCUUAACCAGUCGACGGUGAUUAAACCGCUGAACCUGCGCGAAUUGGACUUCUACCAGAACAUUCCGCAGGACAUACUGAAGUUUGUGCCCAAGUACAAAGGCGUCAUGCAGGCCACCACCAUGGGCGGAGCCAAGUUGGACAAACGCUACUCGCCCAGUUUCCGGGAUGAAGCUGCCGCCGUUCCCGUCCGCAAGAUGAGCGCCUCCAAGAGGAAGCGCGAUGAGGUGCUGAGAAUGAAGGUGCACAAGAAUGGACAGGCAGCUGAGGUGAUCAAAAGCAUCUCUCAACUGGACAACACCAAUAAGCAAUACUUCCUUAUGCUCGAGAACAUCACCUCGCAGUUCCGGAAUCCCUGCAUUCUGGACCUCAAGAUGGGCACUCGUCAGCAUGGAGAUGAUGCCUCGGCAGAGAAGCGGUCUAAGCAGAUGGCCAAGUGCGCAGCUAGUACGUCAGGAUCUCUUGGUGUUCGCCUUUGCGGCAUGCAGACCUACCAGGCCGAUCUAGAGCAAUACGCCAAGCGUGACAAGUACUGGGGCCGUGAGCUAAACGAGGGCGGAUUCAAGACGGCUCUCCAUGACUUCUUCUACAAUGGCUACCGCUUGCGUAUUCGCGUGAUUCGCAAGAUUCUGCAGCGCCUGUUGCAGUUGCGCAGGGUGAUUGAGAAGCAGUCAAGCUACAGAUUCUACUCCUGCUCACUACUCAUUGUGUACGAGGGCUUCGAGGAGAAUCCAAUGGCUUACCCACCCUCGAUGGGUCUGGAUGAGUGGACCGAGGCACCCAAGUCGGCCACCGUGCCUGGCACAGUCUUCGACUAUCAUCCGGAGAAUAGCAUAGAUGAGGACGAUCUGGAAGAUGAAGACGAAGCGGGACAUGAGGCUGGCGAUGAGCUGGAGGCACACGAUACCGACGAGGAUCUCCAUCUGGUGGCAGCCGAUAGUGGCAACGCUUCGGCCACCAACAGUAGUACAGGAGGCGAUGCCUGCAACUACGACGCAGAUGCCUCAAAUGAUUCCAGUUCAUUGCUCAACUUGGCCACCAGGCGUCACCUGCACAAGCGUGGAUUCGCAGAAGCAGCAGCGCGAGGUGUCAAGCAGACAGCGGCCAAUAACACCACCACCGACGAGGAGGAGGAGGAAGAGCAUCUGGCUGCCAUGCCACCGCCCCGCAGUUGUGGUGUUAUGGCCGCCAAAGCAGCUGCAGCGGCAGCUGGACUGGCCGGAAAGGGCCAGGGCGCAUUCAUUCCAAUCUCCGAAGAGACAGUAUUCCUGGACCCAGAACCAGCGCUGCCCAGCGUGACGACCUCAUCGCCACAUUCCGGUGACUCGUGGAUGAACUAUAGCAGUAACAGCAGCGACGACUUCUCCGGAUUGUCCGAGCAAAUCAAGGCUGUGGCCAGCGGGCGCCAAACAUGCAAUAACAGUAGUGAUGAUGCAAGUUCAGAUUAUGAAAGCAGCAUCAUUGGACCCACAGAGGCAAUGUUCAAGCGCUACAAGUCGCAGCAAUCUUUUGACGCUGCCACAGCAGCCGAAACUGCUUCCUCCCCGCCCCUCACUGCCGGAAACUCAAGCGUCUCCAACGGCGGCACAACCGUUCGCUCGCUGGUUUCGCCUGCUUCAUCCAGCGCCUCUUCUCUGAAAUCAGUGAAAGGUGCGGUAAAGCGAUUGCGGUGCAAUGAUGACGAUCAGCAAUCAGCUGCUCUUGGUGAAUGUGACUCGCGUGAGGCCAAGAAGUCGACGAUCACCUCGACACCCGUGUCGGCUGUAUCCUCGCCAGCCAAGACCGCGCCCCAAUUGCGCAGUUGCGAAAGCAUCUCUAAUCAGCACUCUCUGCUGGCAGGCUUGCUCCUUGAUAACAACAAUGAGCAGCGUCGCAAUGCCAUUUUGCAGCAUAGCUCCAAGUCGCUCGACAUGUCGGCACCGCCUACAGAUGAUAACCAGUGUUUUGUAGACGUCCGCCUCAUUGACUUUGCCCACACGGCAUUUGUGCCGCGCAAUGGCAGCAUGCUUCCCACUCCGGCGGCAGCUCCGGUUCACCAUGGACCCGACGGUGGAUUCAUCACCGGCCUGGACAGCCUCAACCGCCUCCUCAACGAGAUCCUGGCUGAGGAACGCAUCUAAGGGGAUGAUGAAGAGAAAAACAGAAUGAAGGAAUGUGAAAAUGGGGGAACUGGGAGGAACAAAAGUUAAAAGUACAAUUUGAUUUCACAAUACCUAAAUUGUUGUAGCAACAUGCGUUAAAUUAUGAAACAAAAUCAACUAAUCUUUAGAAAUUCAAAAUGUGAUUCAAGCAAACCUAUUUAACAACCGGAUAUAGCCCCUAACUUUUAACUUUUAACCGACGCGUAAAAUUAAGUGAUGGGCGGAUAGUGUUCCCCCGAUUUAAAGCAGCAUUUGUGGAGAACAAGGAGCAGAGAAUUUAAAAUUAAUUUGUGAACAAGUCUCUUCCAAAAAAGUAGAUGAAGGUAAAUAGUUUAUUAGAUAUGAUUGAUUGUGCAUUCUGCAUUUCACAUCCAGAUUGUUUCGGCUAAAGUGCAUAUGAUUUAACCUUUUAUGAGGGUUCUCGCGAGACAUACUUAUAAUGUAAUGUACUUUAAAGCGAGAACACUCGGAUCAUGCGUUUUUAUACUUAGCCAUUACAAUACAAUGCAAAAUGACAAAGCGACAGAGCGUAAUGAUCAGUAUUUCGUUGUAUGUAUCUAUGCUUAAAGUCCUAGCCCGUUUCCUUUUCCAAUUGUAGGGACAAAGUUUUGAAGAGCGAGAGUUUACUAUAUAUACUAUAUAAAAUACACGCAAAAACACAUUUUUAAGUUAACGAUUAAAGAGAGAAACGCUAUUAAUAUAUAGAUCCUACAAAUAUUACUAUUACUUAUUGUGUAACUAGAGAAUUAAAUGGAAAAACAAUUUAUGUAUAUUUUCACUUAAGCACGUUUAAUAAUUACAAAUGUUCUACGAAUUGCAAAAAUACCUUUAAUGAAUAAAUAAAUAUGAAAAUUA